AGUGAAGGUCUACGGCAAGCUUUCUUCGCAAUUCGCUGUCAAUAGCGGUGUGCGACAGGGCUGCCCUAUGUCCUCAUUCCUCUUCAACUUCGCAAUCGACGACGUUCUAUCGAAUGCUCUAGAAGGUUUCCAACAUUUUGGCUUAAAGCUUCUACCGGAUGAACGCGCGACCGACUUAGAUUAUGCUGAUGAUAUCGCCUUACUUGGUGACGAUCCUCAAGGUAUGCAACUCAUUCUGGAUUGUUUGGCGGUUGAAGCAUCUAAGUAUGGCAUGAGCUUCGCCCCAUCGAAGUGUAAAGUACUGCUCAAGGAUUGGCUUUCACCUGCUCCCGUGCUCACUCUCCAAGGUGCACAACUUGAACAGGUAGAUAGUUUCGUCUACCUUAGGAGCUGUGUUGCCGCUGACGGCAUUAUCAACAAAGAAGUUUCGCUUCGUAUCGCUAAAGCUCGAUCAGCAUUUGUCAAUCGGAGGCACUUGUGGCGUCGUCGCGACGUCUCAUUCUCACUAAAGGGCCGAGUUUACAGCGCAUCAGUUCGCUCAGUAUUGUUGUAUGGGAGCGAGUCCUGGCCGAUUCGCGUGGAAGACAUGCGUCGUCUUUCUGCGUUCGAUAACGGUUGCUUAAGGAGGAUCGCUCGUGUUCGGUGGCAACAUCGAGUUACCAGUAAUGACGUUCGACGUCGCAUCUUGGGGAAUGCAAGUAUUUCCAUCAACAAACUGGUUUUGUUGCGCCAGUUAAGAUGGCUCGGUCAUGUCCUACGCAUGGCACCUGAGUGUCUACCGCGUCGCGCUCUAUUCGCUCGUCAAGGACCUGGCUGGAAACGACCGCGUGGUGGUCAGCCUUCCACUUGGCGGCAGCACAUGAAAUCGCUGACGUCGCGUCUAGCCACUGUUGGACCCGUACGUCUUCCAGGAUGGGGACCCAAAGAUGAGGAGUGCCAAUGUCUUAGGACUCUUGAAGACAUGGCCCGCAACCGGAAUCAGUGGAAGAAUUGUGUACAGUGUUGUACUGAUUCACAU